AGCUAUUAUUGUUAACUAGUAGCUGCUAAUUAUGUAUUAGUUGCUGUAUCGCCAUAUACCUUCUUUUUUAUUUUUUUAUUUUUUAUUUUUUAUUUUUUUUAGGUUUCUAAUCCGAACGGCAGGUUUGAUCUCCAUCCUAUGUCAUCCAUCCCCUUGGAAACUUCAACCCACUUACUAUCAAGGACGUCGCCCCGCUCUCACCUACUUAGACCCUACUUGAUUUGAAUCUACCUCAUACGUCGUCUUUCAACACAUAGCGAAACCAACACUACCAUCUUCAAACUUGUGAUAUCUGAUACAUCAUUGGUUUUGUAGUAAUCCAUCGCACUCAGAUAAUUCCCGCAACGCGGCUUAGGCGCAUUUCCCGAAGCGCCCUUGCAUUUAUCACCACCUUCACUACCACCACGCCGCCAUCUUGGCUAUUGCCUGUCGACGUCAUGGCAGCACUCAAAUUUGCGCCCUUCGCGUCCGAGAUUGAGCUGCCUUUUUACUCGGCUUUAUUUGCCUCCAAGUUAGACCAUGACAAGCUCAGUGAUUCUGCACGACCAGUUUUGGGGCUAUAUGAGCCUCGCCCCGGCACUGCACCGGACGACAGCGUGAAGAUGCAGAUUCUUGCCAGUGCCUUGACCAGUAACAGCGUACCGUUAAAUGCCGUAAGGGCAGAAGGCAUCAUCCGAAACACAAACACCUUGGAAGCCUUUAAGCAAGUAGAUAAGACUGAGAUGAUCCAUAAGGCCGCACGCCAGAUAUGGGAUGCGAUCAAAGAUGGAACCAUCUAUUCCGUCCCUUCGCUCCUCUCUCACUACAUUAUACUUUCUUACGCGGAUCUCAAGAAGUAUCGUAUGACUUAUUGGUUUGGAUUUCCAACCUUGCAUUCAGAUCCCCAAUGGAAACGUACCGGUGAUAUCCUUCGCUUCACUGCAGAUGAAGCCACUGCCUUGGUCGAGCGAGUAGGGACUUGGCGAUAUUAUGUUGACUCUAGAGAGCAUGGUUUUUUCCUCGCUAAAAAGGUUCGGGGACAUAAGAAGACUCACCUCCAGCCCCCGCCUGAAGCACCGAUGGAGGAUAUCGGGUACACAUGGGAAGUUGGAUCACUUCGCGAGUUCGAGACGGGUUUCUUCCGAGGCGUUCGCGAAGAAGACAAAUAUGUGGCAUUUGUUGACCCCUCCACCUACGAAGAGUAUCCAGCAUGGCCUCUACGAAAUCUGUUGGUCCUUGUGAGACAAAGAUUUCAUCUAACCAACGUUCAAAUUCUCUGCUACCGAGACAUACAUGCACGAAGACACGAAGCUCGCAGUAUAGUUCUUCCUCUUACUAUGGAUCCCGUAGAAAACAUAGAAACAACCGAAAUGCCCAAGGCUACCGGUUGGGAGCGAAAUCCAGCAGGGAAGUUAAUGGCGAGGUCUGUAAGCCUGGCGGAAUCUAUGGACCCUACUCGAUUGGCAGACCAGUCAGUUGACCUUAACCUCAAACUGAUGAAAUGGCGAAUUUCACCGAAUCUCAAUCUCGACAUCAUCAAAAAUACCAAGUGCCUUCUUCUUGGAGCUGGUACGCUCGGUAGCUACGUAUCAAGAAACCUUAUGGGAUGGGGUGUGCGCAAGAUCACAUUUGUUGACUACGGUGCAGUGUCCUUCUCCAACCCCGUGAGGCAGCCAUUAUUCACCUAUAAUGAUUGCUUAAAAGGAGGCGCUCCAAAGGCAACUCGGGCAGCCGAGGUGCUGAAGGAGAUUUACCCCGGUGUUGACAGCAAGGGCCAUGUCCUUUCGGUUCCUAUGCUUGGCCAUCCCAUAGUUGGGAAGACCCAGGCAGACUUUGAACAACUGAAAUCCCUCAUCGAUGAACACGACGCAAUAUUCCUUUUAAUGGAUAGUAGAGAGUCGAGAUGGCUCCCUACAGUAAUGGGCAAGGCCGCCGGAAAGAUUGUCAUGAACGCGGCUCUAGGCUUCGAUACCUACGUAGUCAUGAGACAUGGUGCUGAACCCAAGGAUGGUAGCGAGGAAACAUUGGGUUGUUACUUCUGCAACGAUGUUGUAGCCCCUGGAGACUCGCAAAAAGACUUGACUCUUGACCAGCAGUGCACAGUUACACGACCCGGCAUUGCCGCGAUCGCUUCAGCACUCCUCGUUGAGCUUCUGACAAGCCUCCUGCAACACCCUCUAGGCCACCAUGCUCCAGCCCCCGUAACCGGUCCGUCAUCAGGGACCUCUGAAAGCAAUCCUGGUGACGAACAUGCUCUCGGAAUAGUGCCACAUCAAAUUCGUGGGUUUCUACACAACUUCCAAAGUAUCAACAUUAAAGGUCACUCGUACCCGUGCUGCAGUGCGUGUAGCAGGCCGAUCAUCUCCGCCUACAGAACCCAAGGAUGGGAUUUUGUCAAGCGUGCACUCGAAGACAAGGAAUACGUAGCCGAGCUCAGCGGCCUCGCUGAAGUGCAGCGGAAGGCCGAGGCAAUGGCUGAUGAAGUAGACUGGGAGGAAGAGGAGGAGGGCGAAAAGGAGGGUGAUGACGAAGGGGUGCUUGUAUAGAAUCUUCUCUUUCACAUUCAUCACGGUCGCCGUGCACGCCUAAGAAAGACACGGACCGAUCGUUUCAAGUUUUGGAAGUGGCCUCGAUGGUCUAAGAUUAGGUGGAAUGAUAGCCUUCCAUCGAGCGACUCUCGAGGAUCUUCGAUUCGAGUGGCACCACACAGAAUAUCCUAUGGAUCGAGCACAUCUUCGUCUGAGGAAGUCGAGAUAUUCGGUCCGAGGUUGGUGCGGCUGCAUGGCAGCUCAGAUGGUACGGCUGACACGAUUAUAUCCAUUGGGGAGAUCCUUAAGGAAGGUCCACCCGUGGUGUGAUAGGGGACAGGCUUCGUGGGUUAUGUUUUACGAGGAACCAUCUGUAUAACUGAUGACCCGCUAAACUCUAGAAAUAGGAUAGGCGUUAUUUGAAACGCUGGAGUAAAGGAACCGGAAGGCCCCGAGGAAGUUCGGUCUAGGUCCGGUCACACCCGAGUGAAUUCGGAGGUUUCUUCAGGUUU